AUGGCUCAGCAUUCCAAAUUGUCCUCCAUCUUAUUGCUUGCAUUUAUCUACUUUAUACAUGAUACUACUAUAACAGCACGUCGCAUUCUACAAACUCCUAGUUUCUCAACACCCACUACCCCAAGUUUCUCAAUGCCCACUACCCCCAGUUUCUCCAAUUCCCCUAGCCUUUCAAAGCCCGCUACCCCAAGUUUCUCCAAUUCCCCCAGUCUUUCAAAUCCCAAGACUCCUACUUUCUCAAAAUCUGAGACCCCUAGUUUCUCAAAGCACGAGACUCCAAGUUUCUCAAAACCUGAGACCCCUAGUUUCUCAAAGCCCGAAACUCCUAGUUUCUCAAAGCCCGAAACUCCUAGUUUCUCAAAACCCGAAACUCCUAGUUUCUUAAAGCCUGAGACACCUAGUUUCUCAAAUCCCGAAACUCCUAGUUUCUCAAAACCCGAAACUCCUAGUUUAUCAAAACCCGAAACUCCUAGUUUCUCAAAACCUGAGACCCCUACUUUUUCAAAGCCCGAGACCCCUAGUUUCUCAAAACCUGAGACUCUUAGUUUUUCAAAGCCCGAGACCCCUAAUUCCCCGAGGCUCGAAACUCCUACUUUCUCAAAACCUGAGCCUCCUACUUUUUCAAUUUCCCAAAAUCCUAAGACCCCUACUUUCUCAAAGCCCGAGGCUCCUAUUUUCUCAAAAUCAGAGACCCCUUCUUUCUCAAAGCCUGAGACUCCUACUUUUUCAAAGCCCAAAACCCCUAGUUUCUCAAAGCCCGAAACCCCUAGUUUCUCAAAGCCCGAGACCCCUAGUUCCCAAAAGCUUGAGACUCCUACUUUUUCAAACCCCAAGACUUCUACUUUCUCAAAAUCGGAGACCCCUAGUUUCUCAAAGCCUGAGACUCCUACUUCUCCAAACCCCGAAACCCCUACUUUCUCAAAACCCGAAACUCCUACUUUCUCAAAGCCCGAGAUCCCAAGUUUUUCAAAACCAAAGACCCCUAGUUUCUCAAAAUCUAAGACUCCAACUUUCUCAAAACCUGAGACUCCUAGUUCUCCAAAGCCCGAGGCUCCUAACUUUCCAAAGAUCGAGGCCCCUAGUUUUUCAAAGCCUGAAACCCCUAGUUUCUCUAAACCCGAGACACCAACUUUCUCAAAUCCUGAGACUCCGAGUUCCUCAAAGUCUGAGACCCCAACUUUCCAAAAGCCUGAAAUCCCAAGUUCUCCAAAGCUCGAGACCCCAAGUUCUUCAAAGCUUGAGACCCCUAGUUUCUCAAAGCCCGAGACCCCUAGCUUCUCCAAGUCUGAAACUCCUAGUUCUUCAAAGCCUGAGAUUCCAAGUUCCCCAAAACCUGAGACUCCUAGUUUUUCAAAACCUGAGACUCCAACUUUUUCAAAGCCUGAGACUCUGAGUUCCCCAAAGUCUGAGACCCCUACUUUCUCAAAGCCUGAAAUCCCAAAUUCUCCAAAUCCCGAGACCCCAAGUUCCCCUAAGCCUAUGACCCCAAGCUUUUCAAAACCCAAAUAUCCUAGCGUCUCAAAGCCCGAGACUCCUAGUUUUUCAAAGCCUGAGACCCCAAGUUUCUCAAGGCCCGAGACUCCAAGUUUCUCAAAGCCUAAGACCCCAAGUUCCUCGAAGCCCGAGGCUCCAAGUUCUCCAACGCCCGAGAAGUCAAGUUUCUCAAAACCCGAGACUCCUAGUUUCUCAAAGCCUAAGACUCCAAGUUCUCCAAAGCCCGAGACCCCAAGUUCCCCAAAGCCCGAGACCCCUAGUUUCUCAAUGCCCGAGACUCCUAGUUUCUCAAAACCCGAGACUCCAAGUUCCCCAAAGCCCGAGACCCCUAGUUCUCCAAAUCCUAAGACUCCAAGUUCUCCAAAGCCAAAGACCCUUAGUUUCUCAAAGCCCGAAACUCCUAGUUUCUCAAAGCCCGAGACGCCAAGUUCCUCUAAGCCUGAGACUCCUAACUUCUCAAAACCCGAGACUCCAAGUUCUCUAAAUCCUGAGGCUCCUACUUUUUUAAAACCUGAGACCCCAAGUUCUCCAAAGCCCAAGAAUCCAAGUUUCUCAACGCCCAAGACUCCUACUUUCUCAAAGCCCGAGAUCCCAAGUUCUUCAAAAUUUGAGACUCUAAGUUUCUCAAAGCCCGAGACCCCUAGCUCUUUUAAGCCUAAGACUCCUAGCUUUUCAAAGCCCAAGACACCAAGUUCGCCAAAGCCCGAAACGCCAAGUUCUCCAAAGUUCGAGACUCCUAGUUCCUCAAAGCCCGAGAAUCCAAGUUCCCCAAAGACCGAGAAUCCAAGUUCCCCAAAGACCGAAACUCCAAAUUUCCCAAAGCCUGAGACCCCAAGUUCCCCAAAGCCCAAUACACCUAGUUUCCCAAAGUCUGAUACCCCAAGUUUCUCAAAUUCUAAGACCCCAAGUUUUCCAAAACCUGAAACUCAUAGUUCCCAAAAGCCUAAGACACCGAAUUCCCCAAAUCCUGAGACGCCAAGUUCGCCUAAGUCUGAGAUCCCAAGUUCUCCAAAUUUCGAGACUGUUAGUUUCUCAAAACCUGAGACCUCUAAUUCCUCCAAACUUGAGAUUCCAACAACCCCAGAGCUCGAGACUCGUAGUGUCUCUAUGCAUGAAAUACCAAGUGUUCCAAAGCGUGAGCUACCAACUACCCCAAAGCCUGAGAUCCCAACUUUUACAAAGCCUAAAUUACCAGUUGUUUCAAAUCCUGAGAUUCCAAGUGUGAUAAAGAUAGAAAAUCCAAAACUUUCUAAACCAACAUUGUCAACUUCUCCAUGAGUAACUAUGGUGUUAUUCAUGUGGCAUGACUUGUCCUAGC